AUGUUUGCGCGUUCCGGGAGAUCGAUAUUGCCCAGGAUGGCAGCCCUAGGGGCCGUUUCGGCGGGUGCAGGGUACUUGGGCUUGCAGUGCUACAACAACAGCAAGCGCGAGAGCCAGUUUGACGGGGUGUGGAACGACGUUUCUGUGUCGUCGUUGGUGGAGCGUCCGAACAUUUCGUUGCCCACCAGGACAGAUUUGCUCUCCAAGCUGUCGAAGACAGAUGAGUUCGAUGUUUUGAUCAUUGGCGGCGGCGCAACCGGUACCGGUUGCGCCGUCGAUGCCUCCACAAGAGGUCUCAAUGUGGCACUGGUGGAGAUGAACGAUUUUGCUUCGGGGACAUCUUCAAAAUCCACAAAGAUGGCGCAUGGUGGUGUGAGGUACCUUGAGAAGGCUUUUUGGGAGCUAUCGAAGGCGCAAUUGGAUCUGGUUAUUGAAGCGCUGAACGAAAGAGGACACAUGUUGAAUACGGCUCCGCAUCUAUGUAAAAUUUUGCCUAUCAUGAUUCCGGUUUACAACUACUGGCAAAUCCCGUAUUAUUAUGUCGGUUGUAAAAUGUACGAUUUAUUCGCAGGCUCGCAAAAUUUGAAAAGCUCUUACCUUCUAAGCAGGGGCCAAGCUGCAGACAUUGCACCUAUGCUUGAUCCGUCUAAAUUGAAGGCAGGUUUGGUGUACCAUGAUGGUUCAUUCAACGAUUCAAGGAUGAACGCAGCACUGGCAAUCACGGCUGUUGAAAACGGUGCAACAGUGCUAAAUUAUAUGGAAGUCAAAAAAUUGAUUAAAGAUGAAAAAAAUGGAAAAGUUAGUGGUGCACUAGUCAUGAAUCGCGAAUCUGGCGAAAUUUUCAAGGUGAAGGCAAAGGUUACUGUAAAUGCCACAGGUCCAUUCAGCGAUCGUUUUUUGCAAAUGGAUAAGAACCCUGACGGUUUACCUGAUCCAUUGAAGGAAAAUCCCAAUGCAACCGUUGCAACUAAAGUGGCAGUAUCAAAUCCUCACAUGGUAGUACCUUCUUCGGGUGUUCAUAUUGUUUUACCAUCAUUUUAUUGUCCGAAGACAAUGGGUUUAUUAGAUGUUAAAACUUCUGAUGGAAGAGUGAUGUUCUUUCUGCCAUGGCAAGGUAAAGUGCUUGCAGGUACUACAGAUAUACCAAUGAAACAGAUUCCAGAAAAUCCAACAGCAACGGAAGCUGACAUCCAGGAUAUAUUGAAAGAGUUACAGCACUAUAUCAAAUUUCCUGUUAAAAGAGAUGAUGUUCUAAGUGCUUGGGCAGGUAUCAGACCACUCGUUCUUGAUCCAAGGAAGACAAAAGGAAAAUCGGGAGGAUCAACUCAAGGUUUAGUUAGAUCACAUCUUGUUUUUACUACAGAUAACGGAAUGGUUACUAUUGCAGGUGGUAAAUGGACGACAUAUAGAGAAAUGGCAGAGGAAACUAUCAAUGAAGUUGUUAAAGUUGGAAAAUUCCAUGUUAAACCUUGCAUAACAAGAAAAUUAAAAUUAGCAGGUGCAGAACAUUGGGAUCCAAAUUUACCUGCUUUAUUGGCACAAAAGUACCAUUUAUCUCAGAUUAUGUCACAGCAUUUAGCAGAGAAUUAUGGUACACGAGCACCUUUAAUUUGCGAAAUGUUCAAAGAAGAUGAAAAGUAUCAAUUACCAGUUGCAUUUGGUGGAAAAGAAAAUAUUUCAGUCUCAGAUAUCAACUUUGACUCAUUUCGUUAUCCAUUUACUGUCGGAGAAUUAAAGUACUCCAUGAAAUAUGAGUAUGCACGAACUGCAUUAGAUUUCUUAAUGAGAAGAACGAGAUUUGCAUUCUUAGAUGCUAGGCAAGCUUUAAAUGCCGUCGAAGGUACUGUUAAUAUAAUGGGAGAUGAAUUGAAUUGGGAUUCCAAAAGAAGAAAAUCAGAAAUUUCUGAAGCUACCGAAUUUAUUAAGACAUUUGGUGUUUAA